AUGCUACGUCGUCAAUUUCCCUUUCCGACAGAAGCCUCACAUGUCCUGCACUCCAGUACCAUUGGAAAAUCUUUUAACUACAACCACCCCUCGUCACAACCAGCGCGCAUGACAGAUAUUUCAUAUCCCGAGUCUUACCUCCGCACUCCUAUAUAUGCGUUGCCCUUCCUACAUCCGAAAUGGCACGCCAAAACUGAUACAAGAGAGUUUUAUGAGGUUACAAGUCCAAUUUGGGAGGAGCAUGAUGCUGAGGCGGGUUACGUGAACAGUGUGGAGGAGGUCAAGGAGAGUGUAGAGGGUUGUAAUGAUGUUGAAAGUAUCGAGGGAAAGAGUCGGAAGGACGGCUGGAGAAAGACGAAGAGGAGUCUGGAUAGCAUUGAUGGCGCAGAUGAUGACGACAUCAAGAGAAAGAGGUUCAGGGAUGCAUAG